UGUUUGCAGUCUUGUAGUACCAGUUACUGACUGGUCCUCACUUGAAGGCAAACCAAUCAAUUUUAAAUAACAAAAGCAAAAAAAUGAUAAAACAAAGUUCACUAUUGAAAUGGACUCAAAACGGCAAUAAAAAUAUGAAAAGUUUGCAUAAAAACAAUUGGAUUCAUCCGUCGGAAGCUUUAACCAGAGGUCACGUCGCAUACUUAGUAAAGUUUUUAGGCAAUACUGAUGUCGAUCAGCCAAAGGGUAUUGAAAUAGUUAAGGAAGGCAUUAGAAAACUGAAGUUUAAUCAACACAUCAAAAGAGCCGAAGGCUCUAAAAUACCGAAAGUAGAGUUAACGAUAUCGAUUGAUGGGGUGGCCGUUCAAGAGCCCAAAUCUAAAAGAAUAUACCAUCAGUUCCCUCUUCACCGCAUAUCCUAUUGCGCUGAUGACAAGUCAGAGAAAAAAUUUUUCAGUUUCAUUGCUAAAGAGUCGGAAACUGAAAAACACAACUGUUUUGUAUUCAUCAGCGAUAAGUUGGCCGAAGAGAUAACUUUAACCAUUGGACAAGCAUUUGAUUUGGCGUACCGUAGAUUUUUGGAGACAUCGGGAAGGGAUAUGGAAAUGAGGAAACAACUUAUGAUUUUACAAAAAAGAGUUCGAGAACUGGAACAACAAAAUCAAGACUUGAAAACAAGACUUUGCAAAUAUGAACAAAAUGGUACCAAUAAUGGUAUCAACAAUGGUAUUAAUAAUGGCACCAAUUCUGAGCAUAACUCACAGCAAAACAAACAAAUUAAAACAAAUUUCAGUGCGGAUACCACUCAUGCAGUUAAUGGCAAUGUAAAUCAUAAGAGUAACUGUCAUACACCACCGCAAGUACUUCCACCACUACAACCACCUCCCAGUGCUCUUCCGCGAACACUUAACCGCAGUUUUUCGGAGAAUCAAUCGGUAAAUCUGCUAGAUUUAGACAUGAGUCAUACAAAGCCUACUGUGGGCCGGAAAUUAGAAAAUUUAAAUAUUAUCGAUAAGGAUACCGAAGAUGAGGACUUCAAUCCGCGCGCAAAUGACUUAAACAACGGUUGCAAUGGUUCCACAUUAGAGUCCGUACCAAAUGGUCAUUCAUUAAAUAAAUCGGCUAAAGAUAUAUUUGGAAGCGAACCGUUCAACAGUGGUAAUGAUGCCAAAGAUCCCUUCGGAAUGGGAGAGUUCGCUGCACACGAACUCGAGACAGCUAUCGGUGCUAUAGACAGAAAAUUGGCUGAAAUGAGGGACGGAUUUAGUCGCGGCCUAUCAUUCGGUAACGACGAGUUCACUAUUGAAAGUAUGGAUCCUUUAAACCAUAAAACAUGAAAAUUUGAAACACAAUUACAUAUUUAUGAUAUACAGUAUAUAUAUAUAUAUUUCGUUUUUAAAAUGUUAAUUUUUGUAUAAAAUUAUGACUAAUAAAAUAUAUUAC